AUGAAGGUCAUCGUCACAGGCGCCACGGGCACCGCCGGCCGGGGCAUCAUCAAGGCCUGCCUCGCCGACCCGCGGAUCACAAAGGUCGUCAUCCUCGCCCGCAGGGCCGUGGCGGGCGAGGUGGAGAGCCACCCCAAGACCGAGGUCAUCAUGCAUCACGACUUCUCGCACUACCCGGACGAGUUGAUGGAGAGGCUCGUGGGAGCCGAGGCUUGUCUAUGGGCAGUUGGCGGCCAGUCUGACGAGCCCACGGAUGACAUAUACAAGAGCCUCAAGGCCGACAUCGACCUGACCCUCACGGGCGCCAAGGUCAUGUGCACCCGCCUCGCGCCCAGGACCCCGGCCGGUCGCAAGUUCCGCUUCGUCCUGUGCAGCGGCGGGGGCAGUAGGGCCAACCGGGAGCACCAGAGGAAGCCGCUGCUGUUCCUGUACGACUCGCGCAGGACCAGGAGGGGCGCCGUCGAGAGGGCGCUGUGCGACCUCGAGGAGGCGUACGGCGCCGGCCGGUUCGAGGUGCUCAUCGCGCGGCCGGGCGGGCUGACGACGACGACGACGGGCCCGACGAAGACCAGCAGCAGGGCUCCCAAGAGGCUGUUUGGACCGCUGUCCCAUGGGAUCGGGACGCUGCAGCUGGGGAGGGCGAUGGUAAGGUUGGCGGCGGAGGGUUGGAAGGAUAAGAUUGUUGAGAAUGACGUGCUGUUGAAGAUGUGA